AUGUUGGCAAUAUUUCAGAAAGCGUUUGCUCACCCACCGGAGGAGCUCAACAGUCCGGCGUCUCACUUCUCCGGCAAAACCCCAAAACUUCCCGGAGAAACUCUCUCCGACUUCCUCUCUCGCCACCAAGACUCCGCUUUCUCCAUGAACUUCGGCGAUUCCACCGUCCUCGCUUACUCCCGCCCCGACGGCGCUCGCCGCCAGAGGUUGUUCUGUGGAGUAGACGGGAUCUACUGUAUGUUUCUCGGGAGACUAAACAACCUCUGCACGUUGAAUCGACAGUACGGAUUAACGGCGAAAAACUCUAACGAAGCUAUGUUUGUGAUCGAAGCUUAUCGAACGCUCCGUGAUCGUGGUCCUUACCCAGCCGAUCAAGUCCUCAGAGGUCUCGAUGGAAGCUUCGCCUUCGUCGUCUACGAUUCCCAAAACUCCUCUGUUUUCUCUGCUCUGAGCUCUGAUGGAGGAGAGAGUCUAUACUGGGGAAUUUCCGGCGACGGAUCUGUUGUCAUGUCUGACGAUGUUCAGAUCAUAAAGCAAGGAUGUGCUAAAUCGUUUGCUCCUUUCCCUACUGGAUGUAUGUUUCACAGUGAGACAGGGCUUAAGAGCUUUGAGCAUCCGACGAACAAGAUGAAGGCGAUGACGAGGAUUGACAGUGAAGGUGUGAUAUGUGGAGCUAAUUUCAAAGUCGAUACCUUUUCUAAGAUCAAUGGCAUCCCGAGAAGAGGAAGUGAAGCUAACUGGGCUCUUGCUAAUUCUCGUUAA